CUGACAUCGAUGGUACUCGAACGAUUUUUGUGUUUUCGAUGUAUCGAUAUAUUUAACAUCCCUAUCUGCAGCUCUGCAAUUUAUGCCAAAAUUUCCAUUUCUUAAACAAUUUGAAAGUCACAGUGCUGAAAGUAAACGUCGAGUGAAGUUAGAAUAGUUACAUAAAUUUAUAUCCUGUCUGGAUCUUAAAUCUCCGCUUGUUUUUGUUGACGAAAACUAGUACGGAAGCUGAGCAAAAUUCAACCGGCAGACAGAGACGCUUUUUUUUCUGCAUUUUGCAAACGUGAGCAGCAGCAGCAGUAGCGGCAGUAGGAGGUGCGAGGUUUAGUCAUGUCCAAUUCAGAAAUCUACGACCCCUCCAACUCAGAUCUGAGCAGCGACGAAUACGCCACUGAGGAAGACGACGACGCUCUGAUGGAUGCCGCCGUCAGUAAGCAACCUCCUCCCCCCAAGGAGACCCAAUCGAGCCUCGAGUCCUCCUCGAUGCCCGAAAAGGCAAAUACCGAUGUAUUGGAAUCGACAAAGCCCCCCGACAGCAGCGUGGAGCUGCCGCUACCGCCGACACCGACGCCGGCACCAAAUGACAAGGGCACAAAACCGCCGGCUACUCGCGAGGAAACCCUCCGCCGGAUCAAGCAAAUUCGAGCAAGGAAAAAGAACAUCGGAUAUUAUAAACUCCGCAGUGUUCGAUGGCUCCGAAAGCUGCAUCAAUUUCCCAAGAGCAAAUUGGAAGCUCUAAAGCAAGUCUUUCCCCUAUAUAAGGCACACUAUAAGCGCUUGGCCGACUACUGGAGCGACAGGGCGGCCUAUCGGCAGAAGCUGCUGGCUCGCCAGAGCUGUAGCACCAGCAGCCGCAGUCGUAGUUACAGUCAGAGCCGCAGCAACAGUCGCUCGCGCUCUCGUUUUCGCUCUCGCAGUGGGAGCCGCAGUCGCAGUGAGAGCAACUCGCCGGAGCUCAUCUGCUUGGAUGACACCGAAAACGAGGACUCGCCGGAGAAGGUGGAGCCGGCCCAGACAGCCAGACAGAUGUCGGCCGUGAAGGAGGACAAGGAGAAGUCGAUUCCUUUGCGACAGAUUGAAUUUGACAAGAAACCGCCUCCACUAGCCCCCGAAAACGGCUCCGUCCUAGACGAAUUCCUCACCAUGAAGCCGCCUUUAAAUCAAAUUCUGAAACAGCAAGUUGACAAAGAGAUAACUGCUUAUGAGCUGGCCCAGUUUUCAGCUGCCAUGAAACAAUUGACGGAGAAUACUCAGCAGCAGCCGAAGGAGGAGACGCCCACAACUGUGGCGCCCACUGAGCCCCUUAAGCGCCGUCGUUCGGUAACGCCACCACCACUGACCAGCAGUCAGGAAAAGCGCCCAAGGCAGAUGCCUGAUCCUGAUGACGAUGACGAUGACUAUGACCGCAUCGAAUUUAUACCAGUUGUGCAGCCGGCACAGGAGUCUCCAAAUCGAGCUUUAGUUACUCCACAGCAGUAUGUCCAGCCACAGAUGCAGCGGCCACAACAGUCACCCGUUCAGGAAAAGCCACAGCAGCAGCAGCUGCAGCAACCAUUAAAAGACAAGCCACAGCAGCCGCAGCAGCAGCAGCAGACGCCGCCGCAGAUUCAGACGCAGAUACAGAAACGCAAGCCACAGCAUCCCCAGCAACAUCAUCCUCUGCAGCCACAGGUUCCGCAGCCGCAUUCGCAGCCAUUGCAGCCUAAACCACAGAAGCUCCAGCCGGAUCCCAAGAUGCAGCAUCUGCAGUCACAGCAUCCGCAGAAUCAGCAGCCGCAGCAGCAGCAGCCGCAGCAGACAUUGCAACAGAAACCACUGCAGGAUCCCAGAUUUCCUGUUUUCCAGUUAGGCACGCCCUACUCUCUCGCUCCAGUGGCAGGAUCCGGAUCAGGAGCCAUCCAACAGGCCGUGAACCUGACCGCCAUGGCCUACAGCGUGAACACGCCCAGUCCCCAGGCCGUGCCCAUGGAGAUUUCCUAUACCACCGCGAAGCUGCCACAGACUGCUGCCAAUCCGAUGAACCUCCAGAUGCCAACUCAGGCUCACCAGCCACGUGCAACGCCACCAGCCAGUCCCCAGCCUCAGAUCCAGCCACAGGCCCAGACAUUCGCUGUACCGCAGCAGCCAAAGCCACGCCGCUCAGAGACCGUCUCCACUCAGACCCCAAAAACCGCUCAAGCCCCACAGCCGGCGGCUCAGAAUCAGAUUCCUUCGACUGCUCAGAACCCUCCGCUGGGACGACCCAAACCACCUCUCAUGGAUCUCGGAAACGAUGAUGCCAAUUUCCAUUACCACCUCCUGUCGCUCUACGAGGAGAUGGACACCCAGCUGAAGGCGAAGAUAUCGCUGGUCAAGCCGGAGCUGAAGGCCCUGGCCAAGGAGCGGGAGCGCAUUGAGUUUGAGAUGAAGAAUCUUGACAGACAGAUCCUGAAGCACGAGGAAGAGGGCAAUCGCCUGCAAUAUCUGCGCCUCGUUCAGAACGAGCUGCGAAUCCGCCUGGAGCGCAAGGAGCGUCUAGCCAUCAUCAAAAGCAUUGUGCCCAAUUUGAUCGGCCAGAACUGCAGCAUCUCGGAGCUUAGCGAAAUGCAGGCGAUGUUGGCGCUCAACACUGAGGAUGCCGCCGCUGUCAGCAUGGAGCGCUGCCUCAACAAGAUGGAGCAGAAUAGGAGCAACAUUGAAGUGCUUCGCUCAGCCUUGGGUCUGAAAGCCCCAGAGAGGGAACCGACUGCUUCUCCCACUCACCGCCAAGCGCCGCGACAGAUGGAGGAAUUUCCUCAGAAUCGCAGUCGCAACUCCUUGCCGGCGCUUCGCGGAUCCACACACGUUAUCAAUAAUUUUUUCGAUUCGAGGCGCCAUUCAGAGGAGAGAACCGCCCCAUCGUCGAAUCUGGGGCACAUCUCCAGCCAGACCCAGAAUUCACAACGGCUGCCCAAGUCGCCAAGCCUGGAGUUUUUGACCGGCAAACAGGGACAGGUCCAGGCCCAGGUCCAGAUAUCGCCACACCAUCGCAGCCAGAGCUCGCUGCACUGCCCGUCCGGGAUCGAGAACCUAAUGAUGCCGCUGUACAACAGCAGUCCCUUGGCCGGCCAGCAGAAAAAGCACGACGAAAUGCAUUCCAACUAUAAUAAUGAGUCCUACUCGUCGGGUGGGCAGCAGCCACAGACCAACACGCAGCCCCAGGGCAUAGCUAAGACUUUUGACAAUCGCGGUAACAGGCUGCAGACUAGUGGCCCAGGAGAGGGCGUUAUCAUCUUGAAUGGACAGGGGGGGGAACAUAACUGCAUGGAGUGCGGCAAGAAUGAGGCCAAUUUCAUUUGUGGCAUCUGCAAGAUGCAGUGCUAUUGCAGUCGUGAGUGUCAGCUCCGCGCCUGGGAUGAGCACUACCCGCUCUGUGGUCAAUAAUCAGCUAAUCAGCAUUACUAGGUCUGCAACUAUAACUACAAUCAAGAUAUUAUAAUCCAGUCGCGUAAGAUGCAUCGAACAUCCUAGACCCAAGACAUACAAAAAAACAUUAGUUUCAUAUUCGAUUGCAAUGCAUAAAUAAUCAUUUUUUUCAUUUGUAAUCGCUCUCCGCACAUCGAUCAAUAAAUACAUAAAGACACUAUCGAA